UGAAUUCCAUUCCUUGAGUGGAUGACGACUUUAUCUAAUUAUCUUCUCUUCUUUCCAUAAACGCUUUAUAUACACCGCGUUUGGUCGUUUUUACUUAUACACGUCGGUAUUCAUUUCUUCUCUCCGAAGGAAAGAACUCUUCCUCUCCUCACUCUCUCUUCCUCUAUAAAAACACCCUGGUUAAUUCUCUUUUCUUUCAUUCCGGUUUCCACAAGGAGAUAAACAUGAGUUAUUACAACCAGCAGCAGCCACCGAUUGGUGUUCCUCCGCCACAAGGAUAUCCAACCAAAGAUGCAUAUCCACCGCCUGGCUACCCUGUUCAAGGUUAUCCUCAGGGGUACCCUCCGCAAGGGUAUGCACAGCCUCCUCCUAGACAACAAGAGUCUGGUUUUCUUGAAGGAUGCUUAGCGGCACUCUGCUGUUGUUGCCUUUUGGAUGCUUGCUUCUGAUUCUGAGGCUUCAUAAUUCUUCUCUUCUUCUAAUCAGGCCAUGAGAUUGAUACUUUGUAAUUCAGUUAGAAAUGACAUGUAUUUGGAUGGAUGCCAUUUAUUUUGUUGAAGAAUUGUAUUAUUUUCCAAUUUCCUGUUAAUGUAAAAUCAUUUGUAUUAUUUUCCAAUUUCCUGUUAAUGUAAAACUCAUCAGUUUUUGGUAUAUGUUUUUUCCCCUCUA